AUUAGACAAGCCGCAAACUUGCAUAUUUUCGUUGUUGACAUUUCGAAAGGGCUUAAAAUACAUAACAAAAACAGUAAAAAGGGCGGUAUUUUCCACUAUAUGUGCACCGUGACUUCGGUGGAUACAAGUGCAGCGCGAAUCGUCGUCGCGAUUGUGCGGAGUGAUGUGAGAGAGUGCAUUUUUUCCCCUCGUAAAUUAUUAAUUAAUGUUAGACGUUGUAUGAGUGAGGGACGAAACUGGAAGAAUCAUGUCCACUCUGAAUAACAAUGGGACUGUUAAGGCCAGACCAGGUAGGCCUCCGAAGAAGCCGAUAUCAUGCACCUGGUGCAAUGAGGGGAAGCUCUCGUUGAAGUAUGUCUAUCCCUCCAAGUAUGGCAACAAGGAGUUCUGCUCAAAGAACUGCCUGGCCGAAUACAGCAAGUAUAUUAAGGGGGCCUGCCUCCAGUGCAAUAACGUUAUACAGGGUAACACGAAUCCGAGCAAAGAUUACUGCUCGGUGCAUUGCAUGAACAAGCACCAGAAGAGGCCAGAGAUGCACGGCAGAGUUUUGGCGGUUGCACCAACUCCGAACACAGAUUCAGGCUCACCAGGUCCCUUUCAGUAUGAGACUUUUCAAACUUUCGAUUGGGAGGAAUACUUGAAGGAGACAAACAGCACACAGGCACCAUCCGGCUGUUUCAAGCAGAGUCCUGAACCGCCGCAGAACGAUUUCAAGGCUGGCAUGAAGCUUGAAGCUUUAGAUCCAAGAAACGUUACCUCCACUUGCAUUGCUACUGUGAUAAGUGUUUUGGGGCCCAGGUUGCGUCUGAGGCUCGACGGUAGUGACAACAAAAACGAUUUUUGGCGGCUCGUCAAUUCCAAUGAGAUACAUCCAAUUGGACAUUGCGAGAAGUCUGGUGGAAUGCUGCAGCCGCCGCUCGGUUUCCGCAUGAACGCGAGCUCGUGGCCGAUGUUUCUGCUGAAGACGUUGAACGGGGCGGAGAUGGCUCCGGGGAAGAUCUUUUUGAAGGAACCGGCAGGACCGAAGGCGAAUCUGUUUCAGGUAGGGCAAAAGCUGGAGGCGGUCGAUAAGAAGAACCCGCAGCUGAUUUGCACGGCGACGGUGGGGGCGGUCAAGAACGAGCAAAUACACGUUACCUUCGAUGGGUGGCGCGGCGCCUUCGAUUAUUGGUGUCGUUACGAUAGCAGGGACAUAUUUCCGGUGGGAUGGUGCGCGAAGUCCGGUCAUCCUGUGCAACCGCCCGGUCAGAAGAACAACGGCGGUGCUAAUAAAUUCAAGUUGAAGCCAAAUAACGCGAUGCCGACGAUCAUGCCAGUUAUCACGUCGACGGCGGAGGUUGUCCAAUCGCCGGAGGCGGAUACGUCGGCUCCGCCCCCACCGCCCGUCGUUAUCUACACCCACAAGAGUUGCAGGGGUGGUGCCCUGAUAGACUCCUUCAUGUUACCGCCCACUAUAGAGGACACCUCAUUGGUGGAUCUGUCGAAGAAGCUGGUUCGCGAGAUGCUGAACGUUUCCAAUAAAGCGGAGAAGAUAUUGGCGCGACUGGGCGGUCUUCGGGGGGAGGAGCUUGUGAUCACGCACAACGGCAGCACGUACACAAUAAAACUGCCCAGCCUGACGAGGCCCAUGGACUUGGAGAACGUUUUCCAAACAUUCUCGACGACGUUAGGCUGCUGCCAGAAUCUAUUUAGUUUAAAACAGUUGACGGAAUGCUCCCACUGCGACAUCAAAGCCCCUCCUGCCAAGAAGAAGCCACCUCCGGAACAAGAGGCGGCGACAUCGACGACGGUGACGGAAGCGCCUCUGUCGGAAUCGCCGGUGACCAGUCUGAAUAAGAUCCCUACGGGCGAGUGGGGAAUCGAAGAAGUCAUACAGUUCAUCGAAUCCACGGAUCCUUGUCUAGGCGUACACGCUGAACUCUUCAGGAAACACGAGAUUGAUGGAAAAGCCCUGCUGCUCCUGAACUCGGACAUGAUGAUGAAGUACAUGGGUUUGAAACUAGGUCCAGCUUUAAAGAUAUGCAAUCUGGUCGCCCGGUUGAAGGGCAGGAGGCACCUCUAAGCAUACGCGAUAGAUCGUUGUUCUAUAUUUUUUUCCUUUUCUCUUUUUUUUUUAUAUAUACAUAUACAUACACUAAUAUUAUUCUUCCGCCCCCUCCGAUUUUGUUGUGUUUUAUGUUUGCGCUUUUCUUUUGUUCGCUUUUCUUUUAUCAUUGCGUUUAUUAUUCGAUUUUCUCCACGUUCCUCUUUCAAUGUUCCGGAGAGAAAGUAAAUGAAGCGAGGACAAAAUCUCGUGUCUUUUUUUUUAUAUAUUCCGAGGGCCGGAAUUAUUAUUAUUAUUCGUUUAAUAUUUUCUAUUCUCAUUGAAUUUCUUUUCUUGUUGGUUUUAUUUCCCUUUUCGGUUGGUUGAUGACACAAAAAAAAAUAAUAAUAUGAAUGAAUUCCACAGUGUUGUUGGUGUUACUGAGAAUAUAUUUAUA